AUGGAGGAAGUAGGUAACGAUGAGUGUGAUCCUGUCAGUUCAGAAGUAGAGACAAGCCAAGCUGUGUAUGAGUUCAACACAUGUGAAAUGAACGCGCGCAAUGUUCGUCAAAUUUACCUGAUAACCUAUAGCAUGGUUGAUACGGAGCGCUUUCCAACAAGGUCUUCGUUUGCAGAGGCUGUUGUACAGUCCUUCGCGGACACGCCUGCGAAAGUUGUACAGUGGUGUUGCUGCCUGGAACAGCACGUACAAUCGGGUGUACAUUUCCACAUGGCAAUGAAACUGGACAAGAACCAACGGUGGCUUCCUAGCAAACGAUACCUGUUAGAGAGGUGUGGUAUUUCUGUACAUUUCUCCGCCACGCACGAAAACUAUUUCAGCGCAUGGAAAUAUGUUACGAAAGAAGACCGAGAUUAUAUUCAGAGUGACGGGCAUCCUGACCUUACAAGUGCAACUGCUCCAAGAACCACCAAGGCCUCUUCUACCAAAAGGACCACAGCUAUGGAAAAGAGAGAGAAAGGUGCGUUGUCAACGGACAACUGUGAGGAGCUUAGUGAUGCCCGAACAAGCACAAGGAAAAAAACGACGGGGAAAAAAAGAGCGAACAAGAAGAUAGUAAAAAGUAAGAAGAAACGUAUGACCUCAUAUGAGUUAUCGGAAAUCAUUCUAGCUAAGAACAUUAAAUCAAGAACUGAACUACUAGCCCUUGCAAGAGAGCAAAAAGUAGAGGGGAAAACGGACAUCGCAGAGUUUAUUGUAAAUAGAGGUGCGAAAGUUGUAGCAGACGUGCUGACUACUACCUGGGAGCUGGAAAAUUCUAAAGAUAACCUAGAAAGGCAGAGGAAAAGCAGAAUCCAGCUAUUAAAGGAAGUAAGAGACGGAGAAUGCGUACAAAAUUGUUCUGGACAAUGGUUAAUUUCAGCGAAAGAAGUACUCCAGGGUAACGGAGUGGACAUAAACUAUUUUGGACAUUGUGUGCAUGAAUUAUUACAGAAAGGACGCGGCAAAUACAGGAAUCUUAUGAUCGUAGGCCCAGCCAACUGCGCAAAAACAUUUCUGCUCAACCCUCUUAAUGUCAUUUUUAACACCUUUUCAAACCCAGCGUCCACAAGUUUUGCAUGGGUUGGCGCGGAACAGGCUGAAUGUAUUUUUUUGAAUGAUUUCAGAUGGUCCCCGGCUGUUAUCCAGUGGCAUGAUUUCCUAUUAAUGUUGGAGGGACAGUUAGUUCAUUUACCAGCCCCCAAAUCACAUUAUGCAAAAGAUAUUGUCUUCGAGAAAGACACGCCAAUUUUCGCCACCGGAAAAAACCCCAUUAUUUUCGCGAAGAAUUGCACAAUUGAUGAGAAGGAGACAGAGAUGAUGGCUGUGCGCUGGAGAAUUUUUCGCUUUCAUGCGCAAAUUCCGCAAGAAAAGCAAAAGCAGAUUCCCCCAUGUGGAAAGUGCUUCGCACAGCUUAUUCUUGGCGAGAAAGAUUGUACGGAUGUCGUGUAA